UUUUGGCAGGGGUGUGUGUGAUCUGACAUAUGAUUCUUGUUGUCUAGGCGGCCAGACCACUCACCAGGUAUGAAGGGGAUUGGCAUGGAGGAUGCUCAGUGCUUCAGGACUAAGAAGAGAAAGCUUGCGGGCAAGACGUUGUACUAAUCAAAAGCUUCUCUCAGGCCCGCGACUGCCCGAACCGAGGCGCUGCGAAAUGGUGCGUCUCGUACCUUUUCCCUCACUUUUACCUUCACUAACUGUCUGUAGCUACAACUGUGGAAACGAGGGUCACCUCAGCCGUGAUUGCCCAGAGGGCCCCAAGGAUAACAAGACUUGCUACAGAUGUGGCCAGAGCGGUCAUAUCAGUCGUGAGUGCCCUCAGGGCGGUGGUCCAAUUGGAGGAGGUAACCAGGGCGGAUCCCAAGAGUGCUAUAAGGUCGGCCACAUUGCCCGCAACUGCCCCGACGCCUACGGCGGUAAUUCCUACGGUGGCGGUUAUGGUGGUGGCGGCCAAGGCAAGACUUGUUAUUCUUGUGGCGGCUAUGGUCACAUGUCUCGAGAAUGUGUUAACGGUAGCAAUGAAACUGAACGGCAAUAAUUUGUAGCAGGCUCAUGGCCCUCUAUGGAUCCCACAGUCGCAUUCAACGUCACCUGCUCAUGGGCUGGAGUUGGACAUAUUGACGACUGAGAUCUUCCAUCAUCCACGUUCUUUGAAAGUGGAGGACGUUCAUAUAUCGACUUGCAUCAACGCUGAAUACCCGUGUCUUCACCUUCGAUUUGAUAUGGCAUUGAAAUUCACCGCGCAGCAUGAAGGGGGGAAAAGGGAACCUAAAAAGUACUGGCACUCAACAAGGGUAUUUUCCUUUCGGCCAAC